ACAAAAUAUUACUAGAAUUUAUAAAUAGGUCCGAGUCGUGUGAAGUAACCCAAAAAUUGGCAUCGUUGUUCACCGUGUGUAUUUGGAGGAUCACAUCAUUAGAGGGCCACAUAUACACCUCUCUAAUAACACUUUAUGAAAAUAUUAAACACAUUUAGUUGUACUAAAUCCUCGGCAUAACACUUGUUGAUUAAGUCACCAAAUACUUUCUAUAAAUAUGGUCGAGUCGUGUCCAUAAUAUAUGCAUAUCUAUCUACGACUUUGGUCGUCUUUUCGUGAGAGUACGUACUUAGUUAGACAUGGGAGCUCUUGAUUCUCUCUCCGAUUAUAUCUCCGACUACUUCCAAGUCUCCAAAAGAAGGAGGAAGCGUAAAGUCAUGCAGACGGUGAAUAUAAAGGUGAAAAUGGACUGUGAUGGCUGCGAACGCAGAGUCAAGAACGCGGUUUCCUCCAUGAAAGGGGCGAAAGCCGUGGAGGUGAAUAGAAAGAUACACAAAGUGACGGUGAGUGGGUACGUGGAACCGAAGAAGGUCUUAAAGAGAGUCGAGAGGACAGGUAAAAAGGCCGAGAUAUGGCCGUACGUUCCAUACAACGUGGUUGCAUAUCCAUACGCAGUCGGAACUUACGACAAAAAAGCGCCGGCCGGUUUUGUUAGGAAGUCUGAGCAGUCCCAGUUGCAGCCUUUGCCGGGAGCUCCAGACGACAACUUCAUAUCAAUAUUUAGCGACGAGAAUCCCAACGCUUGCACCGUUAUGUAAUAAAAUAAUAAAUUAUAUGAGUAUCCACCGCACGUAACGUUGUCUCAAGCAAUUUGGCUUUCUUUUUUUUUUUUCUUUUUUUUUUUGGUAUGUGUAUGUACCUACGUAGGGGAAGAACCAAACCAGUCAUUUCACUUGUGUAACAUUUUUAAAAUAAUUUAGUGGAAUAUGUAUAAUCAAUGUGUUUUA